AUCCUUAAAAGUGUACUCGGGAAACAAGAUUGUGUGCGAUUCACCAAGGAGGGAUUUUCAAACUAAAAGCUUAAUCCACGUAGAUUUAAAAAAAAAACAAAAAACAAAAACAAACAAAAAAACAACUAAAAUAAUAAUAAUUAAUAAACAACAGAAUAGAAAAGAUCGCACCUGUCACGUUCGGAAGAUACGUUUAACCACUUGCUAGAUGGAGCGGAGUGAUGUGGAUCGGGGUGAUUCUGGGAGCAGCUCUCCCAAUCUAGAUGGAGUCCCUGGAUCUCCAGGGAUGCACAGGAACCCCUCGCCCCCUCCCAGCGAGGGAGAGGAGAGCGCCGAGGGAGACGCCAUCGGAAACACAGUCUACAGCAAACACUGGCUCUUCAGCACCCUCACCAGGCUCAUCCAGGUGGUGUCGGAUCAGGAGGGCGGGUCAGGAGCUGGAGACUCGGAGGCACAGCUGGACUUGGACGAGGAGGUGGAGAGUGAGAUCUGCAAAGUGUGGGACAUGUCCAUGGACCAGGAUGUUGCACGUUUCCUUCAGGAGUUCAAAGCUGCGGACAUCCUGCUGGGGGUCAUCGGGAAAUCCAGAUCCCCGCGGCUGACAGAAAUCUGUGUCGGGGUCCUCGGGAAUAUCGCCUGUUUCCCAGAGACCUGCCAGUCCAUCAGUGGAAAUGACGAUCUGGGGGAGGUGCUGUUGUUACUCCUGGGAGACUCAGACCCUCCCACCCUGCUGGAAACAAGCAGGCUGCUUCUCACCUGCUUGUCUCAGCCCAGCGUCGCCCCCUGCUGGGUGGAGCGAAUCCGACAGCAGAAGUCUGUCUGUGAGAACCUGUGCUUCGUCAUGUCCAGCUCCACCAAUGUGGACUUGCUUGUGAAGGUGGGGGAGGUUGUGGACAAGCUCUUUGACCUGGACGAGGAGCUGAUGAGGAGCUGGAUCGGGGAGGGCAGGGGGUCCCCAGCACCCUCCCCUGGACACCCCACCGCAGACGGGGAGCCUGCCAAUGACACGCCAGCCCUAGGUAUCGCCCCCUGCGUGCUGGAGGCUGCCAAGCAGCUGCGAUCCGACAGCCCGGAUGGCCUGGAGGUGUAUAUGCACAUCCUGCAGCUUCUCACCACUGUGGACGAAGGCAUACAGGCUAUAGUGCUGUCUGUGGAGGUUGGCGAAGAGGCCUGGAGCCUGCUCUGUGACGUCGUUUGCAGUGACCUGUGCCAGCCCGACGACCCACCCAUCGUCAUCCACGAGCAGAAGACCCUGCUGGCUACGAUCCUGGCUGUGCUGUCCGCCAUGUUCGUGUGCCAGGCCCAGCACGACUACAGCAAGAUGGACAAAAACCUGCCUCUGAUCGGGAGCCUGAUCCGGGUGCUGCAGUACCUGGGGGAGUGCCAACAGAGGGAGAUGGAGAGACGCGAGCCUGGCAGCGAAGGGGAGGCAGACGAUAACCAUCUGAAGAUCCUGAAGGACACCUGCUGCGAGUUCCUCGCCAACAUCCUGACCGAGCUGCCCAAGGAUACUGUGUCUGAGCUGGUCCAGAGAGGCUAUCUGAGUGAGGAGACCUGCUCCACCGCUGUCCAGAGCCUGCUGUCCCUCUACAGCACUGCUACGAGACACUUCCUGGCCGUGCUGUCGGAGGUGGAUGAGAAGCUGGCAGAGGGUCUGCUGAAGGACUUUCCCAGCCUGAGACCCUGAAAGGGAGGGAGA